AUGAGCCGGCCUAACUCAGUCUCCAGGAAGAAGGUAGCCAUUGUGGGCAGCGGCUGUGCGGGCAUAGCAGCUCUCUGGGCUCUCAACCGCACACCCCACGAUGUCUACAUGUACGAGGCCGCCGAUCGCCUCGGUGGCCACACAAACACCGUGCCAUGGACUCGGGGAAAGUACAGAACAGCGGUUGAUACUGGUUUCAUUGUGAUGAACAGCGCGACAUAUCCGAACUUCAUCAACUUCCUCGAUAAGAUCAACGUGCAGACGGAGCCGACGGAGAUGACGUUCGGUGUAUCUCGCGAUCAUGGUCUGUUCGAAUGGGCCGGAACCAGCCUGGACUCUGUCUUUACCCAGAGGAGGCACAUCUUCUCUCCCAGAAUGUGGCGCAUGAUAUUCGACAUUGUCCGCUUCAACCAAUUUGCCCUGGACCUGCUAGCCGAGGAUGAUGCCCAACGUACUACAACUUAUCGGGUCAACGGGAAUGGUGCUGCCAACGGCGUGUCCACGCCCAAGCUGCUCAGGGUGGAAGAGACUAUUGGGGACUACCUCCUGAGGGAAGGCUACUCGGAUGCAUUCCGUGACGACUAUCUCAUCCCCAUGACCGCUGCUGUAUGGAGCACGAGUCCGGACAAAUGCACACUAGAGUUUCCUGCUGUCACCCUGGUGCGCUUCCUCUGGAACCACCAUCUACUGUCUACGAUAGCGACUCGACCUGCAUGGCGCACUAUCAAAGAGGGCUCCCAGAGUUAUAUCGAUGCCGUAAUGAAGGGAUUUCCGCCAAACCACUUGUUCCUUAAUACCCCGGUGAAGUCGGUCACAAGCGAAGGGGACGGACGAGUGAGGGUUCACUUACAUGGCGGCAAAAGCGAACUCUACGACCAUGUCAUCCUCGCAACACAUGGCGAUCAGGCUUAUCAGAUCAUCAAGGACACUGCAACCGCGGAAGAGAGGUCUGUCAUGAGCAAAUUCCAGACGUCCAAGAACACGGCCGUUCUCCAUUCUGAUCUGACGCAUAUGCCUGCCUCUCGCAAGGCCUGGUCAAGUUGGAAUUACAUGACCCUCUCGUCUCCUUGGUCAGGAAAAUCCAACAUCGACCAGGUCUCGCUCACUUACAACAUGAACAUCCUGCAGCACAUCCCUCGCUCGACAUUCGGCGACGUCCUCGUCACCCUCAACCCUCUUCAUGAGCCAGACCCCGAGACUGUCCAAGGCCGCUACGAGUAUGCGCACCCUCUAUAUAACGGCGAUUCGGUGCGCGCACAGGCCCUACUGCCAAAAAUACAGAACCGAAGAGGCAUCAGUUAUGCAGGGGCGUGGACCAAGUACGGAUUUCACGAGGACGGGUUCAGCAGCGGAUUGCGGGUGGCUAAAGAUCAUUUGGGCGCCAGGUUACCGUUUGAGUUUGUUGAUUCAACAUACAGCCGGGGCAGGGCGCCAGUACUGGGGCUGGCAGACCACCUCUUCCAAAGUGCGAUAUGGAGGCUACGAAGCUUGGCUACGGCGCUGUCGCGCCCAGCUUGUUCAGCUUCCCGAGCUCGACCUGGAUCUGAGCUGCCGACCCUGAGCUCCCGACAGCAUCUGCGCAAGUAUGCGACCGAAAUUAAUAGCAACACGGCCAGGAGGAGGGCGCCUCAGCAGAUCUCGCCUAGCAUGGAGCAGGCGCGCGAGGUAUAUCGGAGGAGGAACCGGACAACAAUGUUCUACACGCUGAGCGUCAUUCUGGGCACUGUGGCACUUUCCUACGGCUCGGUACCCAUGUACAAGAUGAUCUGCCAAACUACAGGCUGGGGCGGACAACCUGUCCGCGCGCCCAGCCAUGGCGGUUCAUCCGGCUCCGAAGACGACCUUGCCUCACGACUUGUGCCCGUCGAGGGCGCCAAGCGCCUCCGCGUGACCUUCAACGCGUCCGUAUCCGACGUCCUGCCGUGGAAGUUCACACCGCAGCAGCGCGAAGUGCGAGUCCUCCCAGGCGAGACCGCCCUCGCUUUCUACACGGCCACCAACACGAGCGACAAGGAUAUAAUAGGCGUAGCAACGUACAGCGUGACGCCGGCACAGGUGGCGCCGUACUUCAGCAAGAUUCAGUGCUUCUGCUUCGAGGAGCAGAGGCUGAACGCGGGCGAGACGGUGGACAUGCCUGUCUUCUUCUAUCUGGAUCCGGACAUGUUGACGGAUCUGAACAUGAAGGGCGUUGAGACUGUCACGUUGAGCUAUACGUUUUUUAAGGCCAAGUAUGAUGACAACGGCAACAUAGGAACCCAGGAUCUCGGUUGGGACCAGCUUCGCGACCGUGUCAGUUUCUACAUGUUGGCCUUCAGGUGA